AUGACUGUCCAAAACUCUUCCUUGUUGUUUUCUGCUAAUGUCACCAAACACCUCCCCAUGGUAGUUGGUGGUGACGGAAACUACCUUCUCGUUGAAGAUCCAGAUACAAAAGAGAAACGGCGGAUCUUUGAUGCUGUGGGCGGUGCUGCUGUUUGUGCUUUAGGCCACCAUGAUGAGGAUAUCGUUCAAGAAAUGGCAGAAGCUGCAAAAGCUUGCACAUACUCUUUCCCUGCUUCUUUGACCAACUAUUAUGCUGAAGAAUUGGCUAAAUUCUACAUUGAUGAAUCCCCUGAAGGUGCCUUUGCUGCUGCCUUAUGGACUUCCUCUGGAUCAGAAUCCAAUGAAAAUGCCAUGAAACUUGUUAGACAGUACUAUCAGGAAAAAGGGGAAUUAGAAAGAACCAUUUUUGUUAGUCGCAAGCAGUCUUAUCAUGGCUAUACCAUUGGUGCUUUGUCUUUGGGACACUCUGCUAGACAGGCUCCUUAUAAGGAUAUCAUUUUGCCUGAAGAACAGACUCCAAAAGUUUCCCAGGUUUAUCCAUACCGUGGCUUGUUAGAGAAUGAAACACUUGAACAAUACAAUGAUAGAUUGUUGGAAGAAGUUGAACAGACGUUCAUUAAGUACGGAACUAACAAGAUUGCGGCUUUCGUUUGUGAAACCCUUUCUGGAUCUACCUACGGUACCGCUCCAUCCAUUCCUGGUUAUCUCGCGGGUUUGAGAAAGUUGUGUGACAAGUAUGGAAUUCUCUUAUGGUUGGAUGAGGUUAUGUGCGGAACUGGAAGAGCUUCCGCUACUGGUGGAUUGAAUUGUUGGGAAUCUUUCCCAGAUUUCUCUGGGCCUGAUAUUCAGACGGUAGGUAAGACAUUGGGUUCUGGCUAUGUUACCAUUGCUGGAGUUUUGGUUUCACCUAAGGUUAAAAAAGUUUUUGCCGAGGGUUCAGCUACCAUUGCUGGUGCCCAAACAUACCACCAACAUUCUUUCAACUGUAGAGUUGCCUUGGCGGUGCAGAAGAAAAUCGCCAAAAUGGGGUUGAGAAAGAACAUGUACACUAUGGGCACUCACUUGGGCAACACCCUUAAAGAGAGAGCAGCAUCUGCCAAGUACAAGAUCAUCGGUGAUGUCAGAGGUUUGGGGGGCUUUUGGUCUAUUGAGAUUGUCAAGGACAGAAAUACAAAGGAGCCAUUUCCACCCAGCUUGGGAGUUGGUGGAAAGGUGGCUGCGAAAUGCUUACAGAAUGGUAUGACUGCUAUGGGAUUGGGCGCCACUAUUGAUGGAAAAAAGGGCGAUCAUGUCAGCGUUGCACCCAGCUUCAUCAUCAAUGAAGAUGACGUUGAAUUCAUUGUAUCGACUCUUCUUUCAAGUGUUGCCGAAGUGCAACAAGAUUUGCAGAAACUUGGCGAGUUGUAG